CAUCACAAGCAGCUAUGCAUUAGACGAAAGCAACCUGCUUGGGCAGAGGAAAAAACCUACUACUUAAAAGGAUGAAUAGUGAAGAGGAAUUCUAUGAUGCCGUUACAGGCUUCGAUUCCGACAAUUCAUCAGGGGAAUUUUCAGAAGCAGUUCAUAAAGUUGACGUGGAUAUCCACCAGACGAAUAGGACUGGAAGACACAAUGGAGAUGGGCAGGUGCAAGAGAAUGGCAUCAAGAAACACAGAACGGCAUUACCGGCACCGAUGUUUACUAGGAGUGAUUUCAGCAUCUGGAGUAUCUUAAAAAAAUGCAUUGGGCUGGAGCUGUCUAAAAUUACGAUGCCCAUUGCCUUCAAUGAACCCCUGAGCUUUCUCCAGCGGAUAACAGAAUAUAUGGAACACACAUACCUCAUUAAUAAAGCAUGUAGUCACUCAAACCCUCUAGAAAGAAUGCAGGCUGUUGCUGCUUUUGCCGUUUCUGCUGUAGCUUCUCAGUGGGAGAGAACUGGCAAACCAUUUAACCCUCUCCUUGGAGAAACAUAUGAAUUAUUCAGGGAGGAUUUAGGUUUUAGAUUUAUUUCUGAACAGGUCAGCCAUCACCCCCCUAUCAGUGCAUUUUAUUCUGAAGGCUUAAACCAGGAUUUUGUUUUUCAUGGAUCAAUUUACCCGAAGCUGAAGUUCUGGGGGAAAAGCGUGGAAGCAGAACCCCGGGGAACAAUAACGCUGGAGCUUUUAAAACACAAUGAAGCUUAUACGUGGACUAACCCUACCUGCUGUGUACAUAAUGUAAUUAUUGGCAAGCUCUGGAUAGAACAAUAUGGAACAGUAGAAAUUGUAAAUCACAGUACUGGAGAUAAAUGCAUCCUUAACUUCAAACCGUGUGGAUUGUUCGGUAAAGAGCUUCACAGAAUAGAGGGCUAUAUUCAAGACAAGAAUAAGAAGAAGCUCUCAGUGAUCUAUGGCAAGUGGACGGAAUGCUUAUGGUGUAUUGACCCUUUGACUUACGAAAGCGCCAAAAAGAAUGAAAGGCGAGGUGGUGGCGACCACAAGAAACCCAAACCGAGUGAGGAUGCUGAAAAUGACGAAGCUGAUGAUAUGCCUGAGAUCCAGGAGACGGUGCAAGUCAUACCUGGCAGUAAACUACUUUGGAGGAUAAGUUCAAGACCACCCAAUUCAUCCCAGAUGUACAACUUCACCAGUUUUGCUGUCGCUCUCAAUGAGCUAGAAAAGGGCAUGGAAGAAAUACUGGCUCCCACAGACUGUCGAUUGCGGCCGGAUAUCAGGCACAUGGAGAAUGGAGAGAUUGAUCUGGCUAGCAAAGAAAAAGAGAGGCUAGAAGAGAAACAGAGAGCUGCUCGUAAGGAACGUGCAAAAGAUGAAAUCGAAUGGCGGACAAGGUGGUUUUAUCAUGGUACUAAUCCAUAUACUGGGACUCCUGACUGGUUAUACUCAGGCGGAUACUUUGACAGAAACUUCUUUGACUGUCCAGAUAUAUACUGAAAUCUUGAACGCCGUUGGUCCUUCACCCAGAGUUGGUAGACCUCAGCUGAUGCCGGUGACUCUCCGGCUUGGCCAAGAGCAGAAACCACCCUUUUCUAAAGUA